UUCCCACAAAAUACAAGCCCCUUUAAUGUGGGGGGUCAGAAACAGCUAUUUUCAAAGGUUAAUGUUAUCAAUAAAGAAUAUUUGUAGCUCAGGGUUGAAAUGAGAAGUCCUUGGUGCAUUGAUAUUAACCUAGUCUGGUAAUUAAAGGUCUACAAGAAAACAACCAAGCUCAGAAACCACCAAGGACCCCUCCGAGUUAACAUUUUCUCUCCCAAAUUCAAGGAAUAUGAUUCUUCCAGCUCCAGUAUCUGAGUUUCUAGGCAACACUUUCAGUAUCUGAUUUCAACUUCUCCUCUAUCGACAAGUAGGGCCCACUUCCGAAGUUCUGCGCAGAAAAACAAUAAUCAUCCAGUGGCAAAAAGAUCAGGAGAGAAUUUGUGUUGUGACUGACAGCGGCCGCAAGCGGGCCCUUUUCCACAAAACUUCCCGCGGAAAAGCCCGCCCAGGCCGCGCCUAUUGAGGAGACACCAUGCACCGCCGGGCGUUCUCGAGGCUUCGGGCCACAGCCGUCUCCUGGCUGUGGACAGGAAACAGCUAUAGCUGCAGCCGGGGUUGCAGCAGCGAACCAGGCACUCCUCAGCCGCGCUUGGUGCGGAUCGGCUGUGCCUCAGGCUUCUGGGGAGACACGGCGGCCGCAGUUCCUCAGCUGCUCUAUGAGGGAAAGCUGGAUUUCCUGGUUUUUGAUUACCUCUCUGAAAUUACAAUGUCUUUACUAGCUAGAGCCAAAGCCAAAUCUCCAGAUUUGGGAUACAUUCCUGAUUUUAUAUCAAUUGCAAUGGCUCCUUAUAUAAAGGACAUACACAGGAAAGGUGUUCGUGUUGUCAGUAAUGCUGGUGGAAUGAAUCCACUUGGGUGUGCUGCUGCUCUUCACCAAGUUGCCAGAAAUGCUAAUGUUGACUUGAAGAUAGCUGUUAUUACUGGUGAUGAUUUGAUGGGAGAGUUAAACAAUAUAAGAGACACCAUCAUAAAAGAAGAGAAUGGGAAAGUAUUUCCAGAAAAUGUUCAGAGCAUGAAUGUAUAUUUAGGCGCAACACCAAUCAGCAGAGCUCUUGAUCAAGGAGCAGAUAUUGUGGUGAUUGGAAGAUGUGUUGAUAGUAGCCUUGUGUUGGGACCACUAAUUCAUUCUUUUGGAUGGACUAGAGAUGAAUUCAGCCUAUUAGCAGCGGGAAGUCUUGCAGGUCAUCUGAUUGAAUGUGGUGCUCAAUGUACAGGUGGAAUAUUCACUGACUGGCAUACUGUGCCAAAAUGGCAUAACAUCGGUUUCCCCAUAAUAGAAGCUUCUUCUGAUGGAAGUUUUAUUGUAACCAAAGCACCCAACACAGGAGGCCUGGUGACUUUUGGCACUGUGGCAGAACAAUUGGUGUAUGAAAUAGAUAAUCCUAAAGAAUAUCUGUUACCAGAUGUCACGUGUGAUUUUUCUCAAGUCUCCCUUACUGAAAUUGCAGGUAAAUGCCACUUAUUUUGAUGGAUUCAGAGCUACAGCUUGCUGCGCAAUGGGAGGACCAAGAGCAAUAGAAAAGGGAAAAAGAAUGGCUGAAAGUAUUUUGGAAAGAACACGGAUUAUGUUUCAUCAGCGGGGAUAUGAGGACUUCAGUGCAGUUAAUGUACAGAUUUUAGGUUCUGAAGAAACAUAUGGACCUCAUGCAAAGCAGAACAUAGAGGGUGGUCCCCGAGAAGUUGUUGUCUGGCUUGCUGUAUUUCAUAAGCAGAAAGAAGCAUUAGAAAUCUUUUCCAGAGAGAUUGCUCCAGCUGCAACAGGAAUGGGUACAUCUUCAAUUUCUAACUCUUCCUAUUUGACAAUUCCAAUUCAUCACAAUUGUUUCUUUUGCUAUUGUACUUUAUAAAUGAAUUCUAAUUAAUUCUAAUUAAGCUGUAGAAAAACUUGUAGUCUUUUGAUUAAAAAAAAACGUAUAUGUGGUGAUUUCCUGGCAGAUUUAUUCACUGUUAAUUUCAUUAAUGAAAACAAUUUCAAAUGGGAUUAAUAUUUCAUGUAUGUAUUCAAAAUUGACAAUUUAGGAAUUGUUAGCUAAACAAAUGUUUGCAUUUAUAAACAAUUUAAAAGAAUUGGUUCGAAAAAAUAUCAGCAUUUAAAAGAUGAGUGGAAAACAAGGUUUGGUUAGUAUGCCCCACACUUUACAGAUGGAUCAGAAUAUUAAAUUUGUGUUUUGCCUUAGCAUGUUAUAUAAAUCCAAAUGUGUGUAAGGACAGCUUCAAAGUGACCAAAGUGACCAAAAGUGUUACACCCUUCCUCCCACCUGAACUUUGCUGAAGAAAAGGAGCCAGUUCUUUAAAAAUAGAGCUGUCUCAGAAAAGGUUGGCUUUUUAGAGCAUUAAAAAUCCUAGAUGACUUCAGCCAGGAGAAGAACAUCUUAUACAAGGUGAUAAACAGUUUUCUCUCAUAGAACUAUCUAGCAAUAGAGUAAGUACCGGUAGUUUCAGAAUUGCAAUACAGGAGAUUCUUACUGAUGACAAUGAAUGUCUCAUCCUGGAGAACAGGUAUCUAAAGGAGCCAAGAAGAUGGUAGAGAUUUGGAUUAGGAGCACAUAGGGAUACACAAGGUUAUCCAUGUGGGAAGAUGUACAUGCAGGGCUAGCAAAGAUAAUAAACUGAUAAAUAAGCUUUGGAAGAAACUAGAAGGAAUUAGCAACAGGUAGAGCAUACUCUGACCAAGGACCAGCUUUAGACUAUUAGCACAUAGGCACUGGUCUAGGCUGCUAAAGAUUAGGGAGUGCCAAUGCCACCCCUCUUCCAAAUCAUUUUAAAAAUACAGUUUUUUGGCAAACGGGCUGCAGCUGCGAACAGGCUGCAGCAGUGGUGGCCAAUGGGCUGCAGCGAAUGGGCCGUGGUGGUGAAUAGGCGGCAGCAAACAGGCCGCAGAAAACAGGCCAGAUGGAUACUGGAUGGAUGCUGGGAGGAAGAGGCAGAUUUUUUUUUUCUUGUUUUUCUCCCCAAAACCUAGGUGCGUCUUAUAGUCCGGAGCAUCUUAUAGUCUGAAAAAUACGGCAUAUGGUGGCUGGUUGUGUGUAGCUUUAAAUUGUUAAUUAAGAUGUUGACAAACAGAUGGAGAGGAAACACCAGAUUGCAAACAAUUUGUAUGAUUUGAAGAGAAACCAGAGUAAACUCCAGUAUCUUGGUCUCUCCAAGGAAGUGCUUUUAAUAAUAGGGUAUGAGUGUGCACAGUGCACUUAAAUAACAUAUUAAAGAUCUGUAAAUCCAACAAGAUUAGCCUGUUUUUCUCAAGAAUGUUCAUUUGAGCAGUCAAACUCCCCCUUUUAAAGCAGCAAGAUAUUUAUGUCAAAUAAACAUCCCAAAAAUCCGUAGGGCACUUAACCUUAGCAUGCUACAAUGUACUUCCCAUAGAAGUUUUGGAGGACCAAUACAAUACAAAACAAAACAAAACACUACAUGAGCUGAGACUGUGCCCCUGUGGACAAGGGGCCAUUGAAGCUAUAGCUCACAUCUUACUAUACUGCAUCUUCUAUAACGACUUACAGACUCAAUUUCUAACAAUUUACCUAAUAAAAUAUCCAGGAAAUACUGAUCUUUUUUAUGUGAAACUACUGCUAUCAGAUCAGUAAAAAGUAGUUUCUUUGAAUUUUUGCUCUGAGAAAAUUAGGUAAACUUUAACUGCCCACUGCUAAUCCAUCACCAACUGCAAUAUAUUAUUCUGUUUGUCUUUUAUUCUAUUUACAAUUAUUAUUGUUUUAAAUGCUUUUUUAUGGUACUGGUCUGUGACCAUAAUAAAGAUUGAUUGAACCAACAGAUUAUGAGAACACAAGCAAGCAGUUAGACAAUGAGACCCAAACUCAUGAUAGUCUAACACUGGAAUGAACAAGGACAUUAAUUCAAUUAUGCAAUACUAGGAUUGUUGGAUGAGCAGAGACAAAAAUAGGCUGACAAAUGACUAAAGCCCCAUGUCAGUCAGCAGGAACACUGAUUUACCACCAAUUGAUCAGAUACCUAGCAGCCGAGGGUGCAGGUGUACAAGAAAACAACAAUCAACGACUAAUAUCAUUGUUAAGCCCAAAAACUUGGAAGGAACAAUCCUUGGUCUCAAUAAUCAAUUCAGAUUGGAUCCUGCAACAUUAAUCUGAGACAUUUACCAUCAUUUGUGAGAAUUAGAAUAAUAUAGUAACUAAGAAUAUAGUAACUGAGUUUUGAAUUGGAAAUUUUCUACCUCAGAAAUUAUUUUUAUUGCAAAUAUCUAGUUCAUUUUGCAAGCUGUCAUAUUUAGAGCACAAACCUCAAUGAACUGAAGCACUGUUAUAGAGUGGGCCAAAAUUCCUCCCAUUGACGUAAUCAAAAAGAAAAUGAUUACUUCAAGUUAUUGCUGCUAAAGGUGGUUCUACAAGCUAUUGAAUCAUAAAGUGUACUUAGUUUUUCACAUAUGGCUUCUCUAUUUUGGCUUUGUGUGUGUGUGUGUGAAAUGACACAGUGCAGUGAUGAUCCAGUGCAAUAUGUCAUGUGUUGUUGUUCAUCUCAGGAUGUAUUUGCCAACUUUUAAGAACUGCUAAGCACCAGAAGAUUUUUACUGUGUCCUAAUAACAUAAAACCAUAGAACUCAAAGGAGGGUGUACUUUCUUUUUCACAUGACUGUACAUUCUCACUGGUUGCAUUAUUUUAUUAGAUCUUCUUAAUUACUAUUUAUAUUACAUUUUUAAAAACAACGUUGUAUAAAGUUGUAUAACACUCUAAAAUAACACUCUAAAGCAGGGGUGAAAUCUAAAUUUUUUUCCUACCAGUUCUGUGGGCAUGGCUUAAUUGGUGGGCGUGGCUUGGUGGUCAAGUGACUGGGUGGGGGGAGCAAUAACAAUAAAUAAUAAAAAUAAUAAAGUACAAAAAACAAUAAGAGGUACCAAAAACCAACUUUCAUACUUUACACAUACACAACACAACACAAGUAACUCACACACAAUGUAAAAGCAGCUGCACUUCACCCAAAAUGGCCCCUGCAACAAGCAGGAACCUCACACAGCCACAAAAAGCCCAAAAACCAACUUUCACACUACAUACACAACACAACACAACUGACUCACACACACAUACACACACAAAAUGCCACAUAUAGCUUUGUGAGAUUUUGUGUGUUUGUGUAGUUAGAGUGAAACACUACAGAAACACAUCAAAUCUCAGAAAGCUGCACAAAUAUUUUAUUUUAUUAUUUUAUUUUAUUUGUAUUUUUAGAUAAAAGCAGCUAAAUUUAAAACUUCCUUCACUUUAAAUUGCUAUGUCUAAAAAUAAAAUAAAAAAUAGUUAAUUGGAGUCUUAAAAAACCCCAAUUAACUAUUAUUUUAAAGCUCCCCCUCCUUACUUACCCAAUUCAAAGGAAAAGGCAGGCAGAUUGAAUUGCUCACCAAUGUGAUGGAUUGCAGGCAGGCAGAUUCAGUUGCUAGCUGAUGCAAUUGAUUGCAGCAGCCGAAACAAGGCCAGAAUAGCAAGCAAGACCAAAAGAAGCAGGA